AUGUCCCGCCUCAUGCGCGGCGCGAGGCCCUUCUCCACUGUGGCCUCUGCGCUGCUUACAGACGCCGCCGCGACUGCGACACGGUUCGUCCGCCAACCGUCCACCUUCCAAGUGUUUCGUGACGUCCCUGAGCUCCGCCAGCUACGCAGACAAUUGCUCCGGAAUGAUCGCACGAUGGGAUUCGUGCCGACAAUGGGCGCUCUUCAUGAAGGACACUUGGCAUUGAUUCGUGAAGCUGCUCAGGAGAAUACCGACGUCUUCGUGAGCAUUUACGUCAAUCCGACUCAGUUCGGCGUCAAUGAGGAUCUUUCCAGCUACCCUCGCACAUGGGACAGCGAUGUUGCUAAACUUGAAAAGCUGAAUGAGGAAUUGAGCCGUUCGACCGCCGGCACAGGACGAAUUACAGCCAUCUUCGCACCCACAUCCAAGGUGAUGUACCCGUCCCUACCACCAUCUUCUGAGAUCGACGGCCAUGGGUCUUUUGUUACCAUCACGCCUCUGGCGAAGAAGCUCGAAGGUGUUUCACGACCAGUCUUCUUCCGAGGAGUUGCAACCGUCUGCAUGAAACUGUUCAAUGCAACCACUCCCGACCGUGUCUAUUUUGGACAAAAGGACGUCCAGCAGACAGUCAUCAUCAAGCGCAUGGUCAAGGAUUUCCUCAUGGACACUGAGGUGCGUGUCGUGCCAACUGCUCGGGAAAAGGAUGGCCUGGCUCUAAGUUCCCGAAAUGUGUAUCUGGGGUCACGGCGGCGGACCGUAGGUCUCACCAUCUAUAAAGCUUUGAGUGCAGCGGUAGAUGCAUACCAAGCCGGUAAAACCUCUCGAGAAGGGAUUCUCGGAGCUGCUCGCGUUAUUGCUGAGCGUGUGCUCUCGGAACAGCGUGCACUCGCUCCAAGCGAGCGGGCACUCUUCGAGAUCGAUUAUAUCUCCCUCGCUGAUCCUGAGAGUCUCGAAGAAAUCGAUGUGGUCGAUACCCAAAAAGGGGCCGUGUUGAGCACUGCGUUCAAGAUGGCACCUUUAGAGCAAACCAACCCCGGCGAAGACUGCGGGUUGGGUGACGGAAAGGUUCCUGUGCGCUUGAUUGAUAACUUCAUUCUCCAACCCCGGGAAUAA